GAGCGGGAGAGGGCAGGGCGCCCCAGCCCCGGCUCUCCCCUGCUGAGGGACAGUCGCCCAAAGUGGGAGGGGGGAGGAGAGGGGGCUCCCUCCUGCUUUUUGGGAGUGGGGGUGGGUGCGUGAAGGUUCCGUCUGCUUUUGCUGGCAGUUGUGCCUCAAGGAAAUGGGUCCAGAGUGGUUAGGGGCACCCUGCAAAGUGAUGGCGGACUUUCAGGGGCUUUGGAGGAAGGGGGCCUGUCUUUUCUGGGGCUGCUUUGGGAGGGAGAUGGGGCCGUAGGUGUGUCUGUGAGGCCCCAGGACAGGUCCACUGGAGGGAGGAGGGAGAGCUGGUCCCAGGCCCCUCUCAUUACCCUUCCCCCCGCCCCCUGCAUCCCCUGCAUCCCUACCCCCAUUCCAAUCCCAGACCCACCCCCACCCCCAUCCAUGGAGGUGGCCGCUAGGGUCCGCAGCCUAGAGGGAGGUCCGCAGUGGGGGUGGGGCGCUCUCCCUCCCCCCGCCCCCGGAGAUGGGCGGGGCAGGCUUGCCUGGCUCUAGAGUGACCACGGCAGCGGCGGCCGCCGCAGCCCGAGCGGACCCCUUUUUGGACCCUGAUUCGCCCGCCCGGAUACGCCGCCGCUGCUGCAGCCGCAGCAGCCGCCGCCGUGGUGACGCGGUUCGCUCGCUUGCUCGCUGGCUGGCUCCGGCGUGGCGUGGCGGCGUGGCAGCUGCAGCGGGGCCAGGCCAUGCCCCCGGGCAGUCGCGGCCGGCUCCCCUCGCCCUCGUGUACCCAGCAGCCGAGAGCAGUGGCUCAGCGCAGCGCAUUGCCGGGCCGAUCCGGGCCGGGUCGGGAUGGAAGCAGGCCCAGGGUGACUUAACAGUUUGUGGGGGGAGGAGGCAGGUUGGCGCGGACCCCGCCCCCGGCCGGCAGCCCGCCCUGCGCCACGUCUGACCAUCUGACCAGCCGUGGGGGCGGCCCUGUGCAGCUCCUCCCUGGGGCGGAGAAGGAGGCGAUGAUGGCGGGCGAGCGCCUGUUACUGGGGGACGACUUCCUGUCUCCACCACCGCCUCCACCGCCUCAGCGUUCCCUCCCGCGGCUGCUGCAGUCCCAACCACAGGAGCUCAACCUGGAGCAGAAACUAGAGCCCGAGCCCGAGCCCCAGCCCCAGCCGGAGCCGCCACCACCUCCAGAACCGCAGCCCCAGCCCCAGCCGGAGCCGGAGCCGGAGCGAAAGCAGGAGGUGUCCGUAGCUGAAUGGCGCUAUAGCCAUGAGAGUGACCGGCAGUGGGGGCUGCGGCGGGAGUUCAUCUCCCGUCACCUGCAGAACUACACGGGCCCUGGCGAGUCUGAUCAGCUGCAGUCUCUGUCGACUGCCUGGACGAACCACGUCUUCCUGGGCUGUAAGUAUAGCCCCCAGUUGAUGGAGAAAAUCCUCCAGAUGGCGGAAGGUAUCCAUAUAGAUGACAUCCCUCCCUGUGAAGUGGUGCCCGAGUCGUCCAAAGGGCAGAAGCGGCCCAUCUCCCCCUUCGCGGGGUGGAGCUUUACCAAAAGGAAAGCAAUUCCUAGAAUCCCCCGCUUUGAGCCUGUCCAUUUCGUUGCCAGCAGUAAAGAAGAGGAGAGGAGGGAUGACCCCAUGGACACAGAUGCGCCUUGGGCAGAUCCACAGGCCGAUACCUUCAGGUGGCCAGGCGAAGGCCCAAGAAAGUUUGGUUUCCGAGAGAGUCGGCCUCAUCCUGCGGUGCCCAGAAUGAUAUCAAAUACCGGAGAACAGGCCACAAGUAGUGCAUUUCAGCGGUCAGCCUUUGGGGAAUCUUCCUUAGCAGCAAAAUUGCCAGAGGCAAUGCUUUCUGCUAAACAAAAUUUGAUUGAAAGACUCUCUGCAACUAUCCGGAAAAAUCUUCCUGAUCCAGAGCUGUAUCUUGGCUCUGAGAAAAUGAGUUACACAUUCAUUUUAACUCGCUGCAUACAGGCCUGCAAGACCAAUCCCGAGUAUAUAUACGCUUCUUUAAAAGAAAUUGCCCCAUCCGAUAUCCCCAGAAGCAAGAAAUUCCUGACUGAUGGCUAUGCUUGUGAGGUUCGGUGCCAGAGUAUCUAUUUGACCACAGGUUAUGCGGGCAGCAAGAAUGGAUCCAGGGAUCGAGCUACAGAGCAGGCUAUAAAACUUCUCCAGAAGUCUGUUGAAGUUAGAGUGGUAAGAAGGAAGUACAGACAUACUUAUCAAGAAGACCUCGUGGUGUUUCCCACUGGCUUAUCUUCUUAUGAUUUCCCACCAGCUCUCAAGCCCUCAGAAGACCUUCAGUCUUUUAAGAAGGGGCCUGCCCAGCUAAGUUCUUCUGUCAUUGCCAAUUUCAGACAGUGGGCUAGUUUUGUCCUCAUAGAAAAUGCCAGCGAUUCCAUUGGUAUCCUUAAUAAUUCUGCCUCCUUUAACAGAGUGACCAUUGAAUACAAGUAUGAUAUGAUGCCAAAUCGUUUAUGGCGCUGUCAAGUGUUUUUGGAAGGCCAGUGCUUAGCUGAAGGAUAUGGAAGCAAAAAGACAAGUAAACAUGCAGCAGCUGAUGAGGCAUUGACUAUUCUGCAAAAAACUCAGUCUAACAUUACAGCCACCCAAGUCCAAACAAUAGAUUAUUCUCCCAAGGGAUAUUCAAGAAAGACAGAUUUAAAGGACCUUGUCGUUUAUGAGAAUUCCUCAAAUCCUGUGUGCACUCUGAAUGACACAGCCCAGUUUAACAAAAUGACUGUCGAGUAUGUCUUUGAAAGGCUAACAGGCCUUCAAUGGAAAUGUAAGGUAAUUCUGGAGAAAGAAUUAAUAACAGAAGCAGUUGGAUUAAAGAAGAGUGUCAAGCAUGAUGCUGCAGAAGAAGCGGUGAAAAUCCUUAAAAGGACUCAGCCAACUGUGGUGAACAACCUGAGGAGAGGUACUAUUGAUACCGUAAUCUCAAGAAAUGAAAUUCGAGGUCUUUCAGCAGAAGAAGCUUAUCAACAGCAGAUCAAAGAGGACAAUAUUGGGAAUCAAUUGUUAAGAAAAAUGGGCUGGACUGGUGGAGGGUUAGGAAAAUGUGGUGAGGGCAUCCGUGAACCCAUCUCCGUCAAAGAGCAGCAUAAACGAGAAGGGCUUGGUCUUGAUAUAGAGAGGCCAAAUAGAAUUUCCAAGAGAGAUAUUGAACAGAUCAUCAGAAACUACGCCCGUUCAUCAAGCCACUCAAACUUAACUUUCUCAACAGAAUUUACCAGUGACGAGCGAAAGCAAAUACAUCAAAUUGCUCAGAAAUAUGGUCUUAAGAGUAAAUCUCAUGGAAUGGGGCAUGAUAGAUACCUGGUGGUUGGAAGAAAAAGGCGCAAGGAAGACUUACUCUAUCAACUGAAACAAGAAGGUCAAGUUGGACAUUAUGAGUUGCUUAUGCCUCAAGGAUUUUGAGGCCAGAAUUGUUUGCUUUGUGAAUGCUUGUGAAGGCAAUUUUUUUUGGCAUAUGAAUUUUAAAAUUUGAAAGAAAUGCUGUAUUUUCAGCUUGCAGGAGAUAUUCAUUACAAAAUGUUUUACUUUGCCUAUUUCAUCUAAUACUUUCUUGGGAAUUUGAAACUUAAAAGUGUUCUGUUUAAUUGUGCUAUCUUAAUAUUGACAACAAAGUAGUGCCAGUAAUGUGUCUCUGCUCUUACUAGUUCUUUCAGAUUUUAGUAGAUUGUAGUAACAAAAACCUGUCCACAUGGAAGGAAACUGGUGCCAUUAAAAAUAUGGUUCUUUGGCAUUUGCCCUUUGGGAAUAAAUGUGCAUUUCCCUCUCCCCCAAAAAAGUGAAGCAUUUUGGAGAAAAUGUAUAAAGUUGGUAUUACCCACAAUGAAAGUGUAACUUGAUUUCUAGGAUUCCUGAAAAUGUCAUCAUUUUGUACUUUUAUCUCUUAAUUUGUGUGAAACUAAUUAUUCUAGAAUGUUUUAGCAGAGUAAGUUGUCUAUGCUGUGUAUAAAAAUGUCCUUAAUAGUUAAACCAUGUAAUGCUUUCUUAAUGUCAACUUUGGUGUUGUAGAUUAUAAUUUCUGAUAUUUGCAGGAUGAUGGGAGUAAAUUACUGUAUUUUAAUUAUGUCUGGGUUCCACAUGAGUUAAGGUAGUUGAGUAUUGACAGUUUUCCUGUUAUCCCUACUUGAGAGUCAUUGCAAAGUCUUUUAAAACUCUUAAAGUCAAAUUGAAGAAUUGAAAUUUAACUUACUUGUCGCUUUAGUAGAGAGUCACAGCAUCUUUCCAUUGUGAUUUUCAAUUGGAUGUGUACAUCUAUGGCAACCACAGUGUCAUCACAGCUUUUGUAUAGUGCUGAAGAUAGCUAUACUUGGUGCUUUGCUUCAAAAGACCGUUAACUCUUCCAAUCUCAAAAAGCUAAUUAAAUCUAAAAGACCAAGUUUGUACAUAUUAACAGCUUUUAUUUUUUGUGUAUUUCUCAAGUAAUAUGUUCUGAAUGUAAAAUCUGUAUAAGCAAAUGAGUGAGCUUAAUAAAUGGAAGCAUAAUGAACAAAA